AUGCGCGUGUCAGCAGGGACAGUGUUUUUGAGUGCGGUAUGGGGCGCAUCAUUUGGCGGUUCCUCGGAGUACUGUCAUGAGGAGCGUGCGCAGAUGCGUUUGUGGAUCCACCAGGACGCGACGGCGUCAUUCGGGAAAAAGGAUGAUGGCGAGCGAGGAGUACGUUAUGUAGAGGCUCUACGUGACUUGAAGAGUAGUGUGCCGGAUUUCGACGUUGGGAUGUCAUACUUUAAGGAUCGGGAUGACGGAUUAGUUUGCUUCGCUGCUAUCACAGAGUUGGGCGUCAACAGCUUUCUGGGCUUCGACUUUACCUUGACACAGAUCGAAGAGGGGAUGAACAAGCUCAAGUACUCUACCACCCAUGACUCGGCUGAAGACGCAUUCACCGGUUUGCCUUGGGUCAUGUAUCAGGAGUUCCAGGAACCGGCUACGGAGCGAGACUUUCGCGCAAUUGUCAUUGUCACCGAUAACGAAGGCAAACUUCAUGGCGUCCAAAAUUCCGAAAGAGUCGACACGGAAGGCACAAUACCAAACACCACUCUCCAAACAAGUUACAACUGCUCCCCCGAUUACCAAUUACUCUCACCUCACGAUCUAUUCGACGCCUUCCGACAACGCUCCAUCCGGCCCAUCACUCUCGUAACACGCGAACACGCUACAUGGUGGCGUACUCUUUACGAAGACAACGGCUUCUCUCUCGAUAGCGGUGAAGCCAUGGUCUUCGAAAUAGAAGACAUCAGAGCCACCACCGUCAGCCACGCACUUAAACAAGCUAUCCAUGACUCCAGCUGCCACACACCCACCACCACCACCACUAAGCCAACGACCACGACGACGACCACUCCGACGACCACAACCACCACCACAACAACUACCACCACCACUCCGACGACCACCACGACCACUACACCGACCACCACUACCACACCGCCGACCACCACUACCACACCGCCGACCACCACUACCACACCACCGACCACCACUCCGGCGAGUACCACCCCUGUCCCCACGACCACUACGCCGGCAAGUACGACGCAGAAGCCGACGACUACGAGAACGGCCGUGCCCACAACGGGCCGGGUUACAACCGAUACCACCAAGGCCGUGACCACUACCAAGGUUGUGACUACGACGACUAAGACUGCGACGACCAAGACCGCGACGACAGGCCAGAGUUCGUCGACGACUACUGAGGCCGAUGAAAAGGGGGGCGUCAACACGCCGGUGGUGGUGGGCAGUGCGGCUGCGGGCGUGACUGCGUUGGCGGGUGCCCUGGGUGGGUUGCGUUACAUGCGGAAUCAGCCGGCGGACUUAGCGGUGGAGGAACAGAUGGAUGAGGGCGAACGAGUACCCGAGAAUAUGCGCGAAGCCCAGAUCGAGAUGGACGAAGACGAGUACUAUUAG